UUAUUUUACCCUAUAUAUGAUUCGAACGUGAUUAUUCAUCUAGAUAUUUUACCUGUGUUUUUAAGUGUUUUUAAUCGUAUUCGUUUUUUUAAUUUGUAUAUAUUUUUAAAUAAAAAAAAUGUGUUCCAAAAAAUUAUUAUGUUAUGUUACUAUUGGUUUACUAAUUAUGGGAAUCUUUAUGGAUGGUGUCGAAGCAAGACGUAAAAUUUUGAAAGGUCGAAAAACAAUUACAAGACGUUAUUAUUGGGGAACCGUAAUACCAGCAUGGUCCAUAGUACUUUUGAUAGGAAUCAGUAUAUUACUUGCUGGUGGUGGACUUUAUGUAUUAUUACAAAAAUUUGUAGUUGAUAAUGCUGAGAUUGAAGAAAGUCAUUCAUAUCAACCUGCAUUACAAAAUGAAGCUUGAUUUAUAUUAAAUGCACACAACAUUAAUUAUUAAUGCUUAUCAUUCUUAUACUUCAACAUAGAUAAAAUAUUAAAAUAUUUUUACAGAAAAAAAUUUUAUAUAAACAUAUUGACAAUUCAUUAUUUAUUUUUAUGUAAUUCUGUUUUAACAAUAGUUUAUUUUUUUUAACUAUUAUAUAUGAUUAGUUUAUUUUUAUUACUAUUGAUUGAAAAAAAAAUAAUACCUCUAUUUAUACAAUGGUAUCCUUUAUAUUAUUUCUUUUUUCUUUUUUUUUUAUUAGCAAUUUUAUAAAUUAUGAAUUACUUAUAUGGUUAUAUUAUCGAAAGAUACGUAAAUUACAACAAUUACAAUUACCAUUUAAUGCAUGUAUGAUUGAAAAUCAAUUACAUUUCAUUUUGUACAUUUUGAUAAAAGAGAAUUAUUAAUUUUUAGACUCAUUAGAUAUAUUAUUCGUUUAAUAUAUAUAUUAUACACUGGAGUCAAUUAGUAAUUAGUAUGAAAGAAAGAAAACCUAUUUUUUAAAAUUCUCUGCGAUGAUAUUUGUCAGGAUCAAAAUACGAUGUUACAACAACACGAUUAUUGAAUUUUCGUCCUGUUAGAGUCUGCUGUGCUUUCUGACAAUCAAUCACGCUAUUAAAUUCGACAAAUACCUAUAAUACAAAAAUUUUGUUAAUAUAUUACUUAAAAUUAAAAUAAAUUAAAACAUUUAUAUUGAAUAA